CGCUGACCCCGCAAUGCAUCUUGCGAAUAAGAUCCUUGGUAAACGGGUAAUACCAUACUAGUGUAACUCAUCUCGUCGAUUGACAAUCAUUCAGGGUCCUAAAUCUCAUCAUUGGUCCUUUAAUAUUCACUGUUGGGGGCCUGGAUGAUGCACCCGGCAGGAACAACCCACCUAGUAUCCACACACACCUACAUCGACUCACCACACUUAUCAGGAUAAUUCACCAUACAUACAAUGACCCCGGGACAUUCCUACUAUGAGUUCCCCUCGCAUGAGACCGACGCCCUCCUGGGCCGUCGAAACCAGGACCCUACCCGCCUGCAUCACCUGGCAAAAUACAUGCGCACCGACAUCGACCCGCGCGGAGCCGACAUCCUCCUCCUACUAUGCUACGUCCUCACCGGCCUCCUAGACAGCUCAGCCGUCUCUAUCUGGGGCUCCUUCGCCAGCAUGCAAACCGGCAACACCGUCUACCUCGGGCUUGGGCUAGCAGGAGUUGACGAAACCGGCCGGUGGCUGAGAUCACUCGUCUCCAUCGGCGGGUUCUGCCUCGGCUCCGUGUUCUUCUCGACGUUCCAUCGCGUAACGCAGCCUCCAGCCCGUGCGCGGUGGGCCCUCGCCCUCUCGUUCGCCGUGCAGACAGCGUGUCUCAUGUUGGCGGCGACGGUUGUCACUGUUUACCGGCCGAUCGGGGAGUCAGCGCUCACGUGGAGGACCGCACUGCCGCUGGGUCUGGUUGCGUUUCAGAGCAGCGGGCAGGCGGUUGCGAGUCGCGUGUUGGAAUUUCGGGGUCUGACCAGCGUGGUACUGACAAGUGUGUACUGCGACUUGUUUUCGGAUCUGUUGGCGUUUCGGGAUCCGGAGCAGCUGCGGAGACUGGGGGCUGUGGGGGGAUUACUGGUGGGGACUUUUAUGGCGUGCACAGUCCGUAUUCUGUCACCCAUUACUCCAAGGAACGAGAUAGGAGCAACACCUUGA